CAAUUUUGAUGGUUGAGGCAAGUAACGCAAACAUAUUGCAGCUGCUUUUUUGUUCGUCGGUUCCCAAGGCCGAGUUGGUUCAUAUUUUUGACUCCUUGCCAGAGGAUGGAUAUCUGUGUAGAGAAAACAAGAAGUGAUAGUAAGGAGGGGGGCGCGGAACAAGACGGAGGCCCCUCGAGAGCUGUGGAGGGAGACGCCGCUGGUGAAUACGAAGGUCCCCGGAUACCAAUGUUUUUUUUGGGGGGGGGAGGUAUGCUAGUGAAUACUGAGGACUAUAGAUCUGGAUGCUGGUGGAUACGGUGCGCCGGUCAGUACGGAGCGCGGUGCUAAAUGCAGACGCUGGAGGAGUCUGGUAAUAGCACUGAGUGGUGGUGAUACGGGGGACGCUGAAGGAUAGCUGCGGGGGGAUCCUGAAUAGUUCGAUGCACGCUUGAUAGCUACGGAGGUGGACGCAACACCGGAUGUGGAGAGGAACACAGAAUACGGAGGAGAGAAAUGCUUGCUUGUCAAAAGAUGUUCUAGUGUUCGAAAUUUGAAAUGCAGUAGCUUCGCACUGUACUACCGUUGCUACAGAAUAGUAGUACUUUUUGUACCCCCAAACCGUACGUACGUGACCGACUUGCUUACAUACAGCAGUACCUUAACGUACGAAGGGGUCAUAAUGCCGACACGUACGUACGAUAGAUACUGUAAUAUAACGUACGUACUCGUACCCAAUUUUCAAUUUUCAAAAACUCUUCCGUUUCAGGAAUCACUUUCCACAAAAAAAGAGAAACCCUGCCCCGGAGUUACCAGUCAUACUCCUCCUCGGUGAUACGGCAACGCAAUUACCAAGCAUCGUGCUAAUUGACGGCGUUCGCAAGCCUCGGAUCCAAGGCAAUCCAAGACGAUCGAAUACAAUCCACUACCAUCCACAGUCUCCCUUUCAUUCUGACACACGAUCUCAAGCGGCAGCAACGAAUAGCAACACCAACACUUCUCCCAUUGCCAUGACUUUCCAGCGGAACUGUGAUUUCCACCGAAGUGGACGGGCUUGCAGAAGGACACGGCAAAAGCGACUAAUGUUGAAUGGACCCCUAUUGCUACUACUGGGAAUGGUCACCGCAUUGGCACCGGUCGAUCAACUAUCGCGGAAUUCGUUUCCGUUCGUUGGGAUGGUGGAAUCCUUGUCUCAAGUGCCGUUGGAAACUCAGAGGCAAUCUUCUAUUCGACUCACAUUAGCAACCUCAACCACAAAACUGCAACUGCAAAUGCCCACGAAGGACAACAGCAGCAACAGUAUCCACUGCGAGGAAACAACACGAGGCAAGACAGAAAAAGGCUCGGACAAGGAAGACGCCGACCCCUCCUUGCCAUUGAUCCAUCGACGCACGGCGCUUUUCAACAUGGCCGCAGCGGUGGUCGCAGCGAGCGCGGGAAGCGCGACCAUCCCCCCGCUUCCGUCCCAUGCCUACACGCCCGAUCCCGACAAACUCCAGGAAUCCCUCUACUUUGUCAGCCGCGUCCAGGAGGCCACCGUCCAGCAGGAACGGUACAUUCGCAAAAACCUGGGCGGCACCGGAAACGGCAAGGAAGUCCGCGCCAAGCUGAAGCUGACCCUCCGGCUGGUCGACAAGAACUACAAGCUCCUGGACCAGAUCAAUUAUGCCUCGGCGUACGUCACGCCCCCCGACCAGCUCGUCGAAGCCAGCGCCGCGGGGUACGAAGCCGUGGACGCCCUGCAGGGGGCGAUCGAUUUCGUGGCCAACGAUUCCAACUGGGCCGGCGGAAACGACGCCGACCGCGCGGAGGUGCUGACCGGGUUUCUGAGGGACUGCCGGGAGCAGCUGCUGGUCUUCACCGAGUCCAUGCCGGCCGAGAAGCUGAGAAACGCCCGGUAUCGGGUCGAGGACGAAAACGUAAAGAACCGCGACGAAUUCGACGGCGACGAAGACGCAGGGGUCUACAAUCCGGUGAAUCUUCCCUGGAAACCGGUCCUGGCACCCACAAUGCCUCGGUGACCAGGUCCAACAAGCAACGAGGUUCCGCCCGGAAAGGACGAAGCGAUGCGAAACAGAUGUUGAUGACUACGGGGUACCAUACUGAUGAAUUACCCAAGUCGUUCGUCCAAGGAUUGGUAGCUCUCUGAAACCACUACAGUAACUACAGUUGUCGUUGGUCGGCGUGGGAACCUUCUUGCCUUUGCAAUGCCAUGGGUGCGGAGACUUGGGGCCGUAAAAGGAAAUCCGUCCAUCUUUAAAAGACUGCGAAUAUUGGAGAUUGGGAUUCGCAAGGAGACGCUAAUUGAUUGCGUAUUUUGGGGCCCGAGAUUUUUUAGUUCUACGAGUAGGAUUUCAUCAGAUUCAAAACUUUAUAAAAAUUAAUAGGCCAC